AUGCCGAUCUCUCUCAAUACAAUACCAAGAAUCUGGAAUCCACACCGUGGAAUCCAGAAUCCAAGACUGUCUUUGAAUAAAUUAUACAUGGGGCGAGAAAUAGAAGAAAAACGUCGGUACUUCUAUGAAAACGUGACUUGCCGUGGUACUGAGAAAGACGCCGGACGCGGCACAGAAGUCAUGGAGAUCGAAGAUUUCUCAUCCUUCGCUAUCUUUGUGACUGUGCUUCUUUCAUUAGUGACUAUCAUCGCAGUACCUGGUAAUGGGCUCGUUCUUGGUAUCAUUGUGCGGUUUAAAAAGCUUCGAACCUUUCCGAACAUUCUGAUUGGCAAUCUGGCGUUGAUCGAUUUUUUCAACGCACUCAUGAACGUACCUAUGUACAUACUUUGGCUUGUUGUGGAUGUCAAAUGGUUUACUGGAAAGACUUUGGCGAUAAUGUCGCUUUUUCUAUGCCACCUUUUCAUCCUCCUUAACAUCGUCUCCACGCUGGUUCUGCUCGGAAAUGCGUUUUUGGCGAUAGAACUUGACCUGAAAUAUUUCACCUGGAAGACGACGGAAAAAGCAAUGACAAUAGUCACGGUUGUUUGGGUGGUCUGUCUAUUCGGCACUGGUUUGUUGACGUGGUUACAUUGGGAUAUGGAUCUUCAAGAUGCUCCUCUUUCCAAAUAUCGCAUUGCCUUCUCACUUAAAUCCCAAGGAUGCUUGACAGCAAUCAUGGCAUCAUUCAUAGUCACUUCAAUCGUAUUUGGAGUCCUGACUUUCCAGUCAAUUCAAAGGAAGAAACGGCAAGUAAGAUUUAAGCCUUUUUUUGUUGAAGAAUUCUUAUAUAGCCUUUAUUUUGCACAUUGGAACUAUUUCAGGUUCAUCGUUAUUUUCACUGGUAAACUACCCGUAGAAAAUGUUUGCAAUGAUGCUCUGAAUGAUCACUAUUUAUCUCCAAAAAUAAAAAAAACUAUCAACUUUAGUUAUAAGCAAACGAAACUAUACAGACCCAAUACGAUGGUCGUUCGAAAAUGAUCACUGAUGUUCAGAGAAAAGAUUUUAGGGGGCCGUGGGGGAAGGAGGGCAGUCUAAACAUCAGUGCAGUCCCCAAGAAAUCAACUCCAGGGAAAUUUGCCUGCAUUCGACAUUUUCAGCGAAUUGGAAUAAACGCGAAAAAGUUUCAAAAACGUCAAUUCCUUUUAAAUGUGACGUUUUCGCUGCCGUCGCCGUCGUCGAUGCUAAAACUCCCUUUUGUGUUCUGGGGAGGCUGGGGAGGAGGAAAAUAGAGAGUUUUUUGAUUAUUGCUAUUCAGUUUUAUUAUACCCACCGGAAGCCGCUUUGCGGAGGAGAGAGAGAAGCCAAAGUACAUUAGCUGAACCUCACCUGACAGACCAGACCACUUUUUAGGGUGAUGUUAGCACUGGACAUGCGAAAAAUUACUAUGGUUUGUCCUUUUUAUUUAGAGAAAGAAGUUGAAUCUACCUCGACUCCAAGCUGAUACCAGACUUCAACAGGAUAUUCAGGCAACCAAAACUAUCGCCAUUACUGUACUCGCAUUCCUGGCGUGCUAUAUUCCGUCCGUUUGCAUUGGAGCCUGGGUUCAUCCCGAAGCCGAUGCCACCGUUAUGCCUUGGCCUGGUCACGUGGCCUACCUAAGCAUGUUCCUAUCCAGCGGGAUCAACCCUAUCAUCUAUUGCUACCGAGUCAGAAGAUUUCGCCGCGCAUUGAAACAGCUUCUUAACGAUCCCUGCGGAAAAACAGCUUUCCAAGAGGAGGACCAAGAUCAACGAUUCAAAGAAAAUAAGCUGCAUCACAGUUCAAGAGGAAAAAAAAUCGUGGAUAAAUUUGACGAGGACAGUCUCCUGCAGUUUCGAAAUUCAAGCCGCUACACGAGAAGAAUGGCUCUUACAUUUCAAGUGCUCGAGACGAAGGAAAGCAGU